CAGAGGGGGAGGAAAAGGAGGGAGGAGGAGGACGAAGGAGGAGAAGAGGUACAGGCACAUUAGCCCAGAUGAAUCCCAGUGAGGAAGCCGUGCUCUGAGUGAUGCGUCUGGUUUUUGACCUGAUGUUCAGUCUGGACUUCUGCCUGUCUGUCUGGAGGGAAUCCGUCCUUUGAAUCCCCUGUUGGCAUCUACGGUAGAAGCUGUAGAUACUGGCUGAAGGACAACAUGAUCGGCUACGAGCGUCCCUCUCCAUUAGGCUUCGGGCCGGCUGGGAGGAGUGUGAUGGUUCCCGAGCUCCCGGUGCACACACACACACACACACACACGCUGACAGCCAUGCCUCAGAGAUACUCCCACCAGAGGAGGAAAGCCAGCACAGCGGCUGCUCGGAGGAUGGAAAGGAGACGCAGGGAGCAGGGGAAAACCAGCAACAACAACAACAACCCAACCAGCAGCCACAGCCACCGCUCCAAGAAGCUGGCCAUGCUCUCCAGGUCCCUGAUCCUGUGUCACUCUAAGACUAAUGAUGACUGUCCAGAAACGAGGCAUGCUGGGGAAGUGUCAGAUGGGUGCAGGACCUGGGGCCCUGGCUGCAGGACAGACGGGCCCGCUGGGGAUCAAACCCGGUACAAAGAUACAGAGCACGGACACUGGAGGACAACCCAGCACUCAGCCUUGGAGAGAAGAGGAGGCGCUGAGGCGGAUCAUCCCAACACACUCAGGGAGAACAAACGGAGCAUACGGAGGUCCUUCAGCAUCAAGGAGAGUAGUAUCUGGAGGAUGUGUGUAGCCACAGGGCCCGCUGAGGAGCUGUAUGGACCACAAAUGGCUGAUAACAGCGUCCAGACAGAGGACAAAGGCACUAAUGUGGAGUCAGGGAGGAAUGGAGGGAACCUAAACAGAAGCUGCAGCUUCCUGAGCCCAGACAAGCUGGCACCCUUCAACGGACAGUUUGUAAAUGGCAGCACUUGGAUUGCAGGGGAGGGGAUGAGGAGCAUUCACAUUAAGGCCUACAGUGAGGACAUUUCCACAUGUGAAGACACUCUCCAUUCAUGCAGUCUGACUACAAACCCAGAGCACCCGGCCGUUAUUUCCCCAACUGACCCUCUGUCAUUGCCUGGAUACACAGAUGAAAAACUUAUAGCCAACAUCAACCACCUCAAGUUACCCAUCCCAGAGGUGAAUGAGGAGAGUUGCUGGGACACGGAGAAAACUGAGCAGAGCCCACCAGGACAGAUGGGCAGCAAUAGAACACGCUCCAAUUCAACCAGUGUCCAUCCUUACUGGAUUGGGGAUCUGGACAGCAUCAUCAUGAAGACCCCAGAGCUGUAUAGCAGUCAUCCUCAAGGGAAUAGUGGUUUCUAUGGAAACAGGAAGUCUCUGUCCCAGCAGCUGGAGUUUCCUCACAUCACUACACAACCUGUUCCCCGUCCCUCCCGCUCUCUCAGCUCUGCCCAGCUGCUACACUCCUGCAACAACGUGCAAGCCUUCAUCAUCUGUAAUGUUGUGCUGAUGAAGGGCCACGGCAAGGGCCUGGGCUUCAGUAUAGUGGGCGGGAGGGACAGCAUGUAUGGACCAAUGGGGAUCUAUGUGAAGACCAUCUUCCCUGGAGGGGCAGCGGCUGCUGAUGGACGGCUGCAGGAGGGUGAUGAGAUCCUGGAGCUGAAUGGAGAGUCACUACAUGGUCUGACUCAUGAUGAAGCCCUGCACAAGUUCAAACAGAUCAGAAAGGGCCUGCUGACGGUGGUGGUGAGGACCAGCCUGCGUGUGGGUGCUCUGAGGGGCCCAGCGCAGGCCGCUCAGCUGUGCAGGUCCCGCUCCCUCAGCUCCACCACGGGCAUGGCCCGGGCCAGCGCCGACAUGGGAGACUACAACUACCUUAACAACACGCCAAGUGUCCCGGGCCAUCCUGGGCCUGCUAAGCCCAGAGACCGCGUCAUGAUGGAGAUCAUCCUGCAGAAAGAGGCCGGUGUUGGUCUGGGUAUUGGACUGUGCUGUGUUCCAUCUGGUGACGGCUGCCCUGGGAUCUACAUCCACACCCUCUCUCCUGGGUCAGUCGCACACAUGGACGGCAGACUGCGGUGUGGGGAUGAGAUCAUGGAGAUCAACGACACUGUGGUUUACAACAUGGCGCUGAAUGACGUCUACACAGUGCUGAGCCAGUGUGCACCAGGUCCAGUCCACAUCAUCAUCAGUCGACACCACGACCCCAAAGUAUCAGAGCAGCAGCUGAAUGAUGCUAUCGCUCAGGCAGUGGAAAACAGCAAACUGAGAAAGGAUAAGAGCCAGUGGAGUAUCGAUGGGCUGCGCAGACUGGAACUCGGCUCUCACAGCCGGCAGAGAUGUGAACGCUGUCUGGAGAGGAGUUUUAGUCAGCUGACUGUUCGACGAGCACAGAAGGCAAUGACGCGCUCCUGCAGCGACAACACCACCAGCCACCACCACAACCACUGCCUCACCAUACACAACCUCCACAAUGCACACCACAACCCAUCCGCCCGCGUCCACAGCUUGGACACUCCCAAGUCAAUGAGAGAGACAUGGUCUGACAACAGACUGUCGGUGCCAGUGUAUCCUGAUGAAGACUAUAACGUCCCGUACAACUCUGCUGCUGCCAACCUGUCCGGUCAGCAGGCCCUGGAUCUGGCCCUCAGGGGCGAAAAGUCUACCUGCAGGGUGCGUACUGCUCCACGGCGACACUGCUGGCCUCAGGAUGUGACCAGUGAGGAGGGUUAUAAUGGAGACUCCAGUGGCUCAAGCAGAGGAUCCCCAGUCAGAGAUGGAGGACUGGAGUCGUCAUCACACACCAGCUGCCAGGAAGGAGAACGAAUAAGAGAACAGUCAGAGGGGACCGGAGAAGAUUUGACACAUCCAAACACUGCAGCCUGCACGAGCGACGGACUACACACAGGUGAUCAAUCUGCUGUGCUCUGCUCCCAGCCAAAGAGAGGAGCCCUGAGGAGACAGGCUCGCGUUGACCAACAAACCCAAGAACAGCUUCAGGAGGAUCCCUGGGUUCGCCUGUCAGACAGCUCGCCUGAAGAGCUGCCCGAGAUCCACCGCCAACCCCGCCCAGACAGAAAAGCAGACAGAACACAGCCGACUAAUAUCCACAGCAAGCCCGCCGCCAUGACUGACCAAGACAACAUGCCCGAGCUCAACGGCACAAACGGGACUUCAGAUCCUCCUUCUGACACCACUCCCGAAAACACAUUUGAAACUCCUCCGGAAGUAAAGAUGGCACCACCGGUGGCACCCAAGCCUAUCUGGUUCCGCCAGAGUCUGAGGAAACUUCGUGACGAGCAGGGCCAGAAGAAGCAAGCUAAAGCCGCAGAGCAGAGGCCUGCUGUGGUCUUCAACAGAAGCUCCGGAGUCAGAUCGACCUCGUCUGCAGCAAACCUGUCCAUCAAGCAGAAGAUCCACUCGUUUGAGACUUUUUCCAGUCCAGAGGGUCCAGAGAAGGGGGGAAACAGGAGGUCUGUGGCCCCUUCCGCCUCUCUCCCUCUGGAGAAGGAGUCCGGGAGUCCCCCUUUCUCACAUGGAAAUUGUGGGAAGGGUGAACAUAAAAUCCCAGAAGAGAUCCAGGCAUCUGUUAAGGAGACAGACAGCACACAUGUCUCUGCUAUCACCUCCUCCGCUUCUGAAGCUUCUAGUCAAACAACAGCCAAGGAAACUGAAGAUGAACCUCCGUCUAUCCAAUCCCCCACAGAUCUCCUACUUUCUGAAACCAUCAGCGAGGAACUGGACUCAGGGAUACAUGAUUCUCAUUCAGCUCCAGUCCAUGAUGACAGGAAUGUCUUUCCAUCUAAACAGGAGUGUGAGCUAGAGAGAGAGCAUCUUACCAGGUCCACAGAGUGUGAAGUCCUGCCCCCUGUGACAUCUGUGAGAUCCAGUGAAGCUGAAGGGGAAAGUCCUCCAGAGGGGACGGAGGAAGAUGGCGCGCAGAGCCAGGGAAAGCUGCAGACUCCAGCCACAGACAGUAACGCCCCGAGAGGCCUGGAGGGAGAGAGUUUAGAGAGAAUCCUUGCCUUCAGUAACCAGGUUUCCCAAGCAUUGAUGCACUCCCUACCCAUGUACCAGUGCCAUGGUAACCCUCACACCCCAGACCUGCAGGACCCCUCCGCAGAGGAUUUCAACGACCCCGGCCCGGACAGCAGCGACAGAGGCUUCUCUGUCAGCCUGGCCACGCUGAGGGAGUGUACCAUUGAGCGAGGAGAGGGGGGGUCUCACGACCAGGCAGCACUCACUUCUGCUCGUGCUCACUCGCUCAUCUCAGCCAUCCCCUCACAGGAAAUACAGAGGAUGAUCCAGGAAGUCCAAGAUCUGGAUGAAGAGACGCUGAAGCAACUGGUGGACAUCCAUGUUGUGAGUCUGCAUAAAGAGGAGGGAGCUGGGCUUGGCUUCAGCAUCGCGGGAGGCUCGGACCUGGAGAGCAAAGCUCCGACAGUGCACAGAGUGUUUCCCAGCGGCCUGGCGGCUCAGGAGGGCACCAUCCAGAAAGGAGAUGAGGUGUUGUCUAUAAACGGACAAACACUGCGCGGCGUGACACACGCCGACGCCACCGCCGCCCUGCGCCAGGCCCGCAGUCUCAAGCUGGCCGUGGUGGUCGUCUGCAAGAGGGCCGAGGAAGGAAGAGAGGAAGGCUGCAGGAGCGAAGAGCCCCACCCUGCAGAGGAGGAGCAGGGAGCUCCGGUGAGUGUGGAGCUGGAGAAAACAGCUGGAGGAGUUGGCUUCACUCUGGAGGGAGGAAAAGGCUCCAUUCAUGGAGACAGACCUUUGGUCAUCAACAGGAUCUUUACAGGCGGAGCAGCAGAGCAGAUUGGUCUGCAGCGUGGAGAUGAGCUGCUGCAGGUCCAGGGAGUCAGCCUGCAGGACAUGACUCGCUUCGAGGCCUGGAACAUGAUCAAGGCUUUACCUGAAGGAGCCAUCACCGCGGUGAUCCGGAGGAGACAGGGGGGGGCCGAAUGACACACACACAGCUGUUUGGAGCCUCUUACAGAUGAAUGAAUCCGAAAAGAAAAAGAAAAAAAAGAGAAAAAAACAACAGCACACAGAUGUUGGCCUUUUACUACCAGUCUCGUAAACUUGGAAACAAAUCCUGCACUCAAUUUUCAAAAAACGUUUCGGUCCCACGGCUCCUUUACAUAAAAUAGUCCGGAGGGACCGAAACAUUAGUAUUUUGUAAAUAAACUGUGAUGCUAAAGCACAAGCAGAGUGCGGGAUUUGUUCCUUUAUUUCCAAGUUGAUGUUAUUUUCCAACGCACCUGCACAGAAGAAUUUUUGGAUGUGUGAGUUGUUUCUUCAAAAAAUGACCAGUCUCAUAGAAAUCAGGUAUCAGCCAGCUUCUGAAUACAUUUCUAGUAUUUUUAUAUCAUAUUUCUGAUUAGAUAUUGAAGUUUAUUAAAUGGUCAGUUCACCUAUGAUCCACUUAUACUGGUAACUUGCCAUUUGUCCCAAUUCCUGUGAAUAAGUCUCAGGUCUGUGGGUUAUCCUGCAUACUGCUGUUUUGUUUACAUUGAAAUUAGAUCUGAGUUGUUGAAUACAGAAUACACUGUCAUGGGGGAAAUUAAAACGAAUGUAUGCACACAAAUACAUGAGUCAUGCUCUCAAAUUAAUAAAUUUAGAGGCUCAUUCCUCGACGCAGGUUCGACUCCGACCCUUUGCUGCAUGUCAAUUCCCCUCUCUCUCCCCUUUCAUGUCUUCAGCUGUCCUAUAUAUAAAGGCCUCAAAAAUAAAAAAUAAAACAAAUCUGAAGGAGAAGGGAAGGCCUAAAGGAGAUCAGUCACAAUAAUGCAACACCUGUACAGAACAAUGCAACCCAUUAAAACAGCCCAGUAACACAUCUGUGCUGCCGUUGUACUGGAUUGAUCCACAUUGUGAAAUGUUUGAGGUACAGGUGUUCAAUAGGUGUUGGUUUUUAAUGCUCCUGUGUGUUUAGUCUGUAUGGUAUGAAAAACUAAAUAUGCAGUCACGUGUCCAAGAACAGAAGUAUAUAUAUAUAAGAGUAAACAUCUAUUUUUCUCAGCAGUGGUACUGUAUGUAUAGGAAUCAAAAGAUCAGUAUUAAGCACUUUUGUUGACUCACUAGCUUUGAGUUUGACCCUCCUGCAACCUUAGUCUGUAUCUUAACUGGAAUGUUAUGGAGUUGUAUUUGUGUUUCAAUUCUGAGCUUGCAAUGGGACAUCUUGAGCAUAGAAAAAAGUGCAAGUAUAUACAUUCAAUUUUGUAGAGAAAUGAUCACUCAUUCCGUCCUGUGCUCAAUAAAUGUCAUAUUUAUAUUAUCCACAAACAUGUACAACCAUAACUGUAAGCAAGGACUUUGAUGCAGGGAAAAUGUGCAUUUUGUACACUUACAUUUUUAAACAAGCACAGAACAGAUAGUAGCAGACAAUAGUCUGUGUGGUAAUAUUUUCUCUACAAAAUUGAACUUGUGUGUUCAAUCUUUUUGUGCUCAAAUUGUCCCAUUGUGCACUCCGGAUUAAGACCCAAAUAUAAUACCAUAGAAUGUCUUGCAACCACAAACAAACAAAAAAAGUUUUCUAUUUCGGUAGCCUAAAAUAUAUUAAUUUACAGUCACUUACAUCUGGUGUAAGAAUAAA